AUGUCAUUUGGUGGUGUGAAUACAUUCCAGCAAUAUAAUACCACAGAUUUCGGUCUGGGCCACAACGGUGUUAGAAUAACUUUGAAUUAUUUUGAUGGUACUCCUGAACCAGAAUUAUUAAAUUCGUUGAAUUCAAACGAUUUGAGAUUGAUCUUCAAAUCUUUCCUAAAGAGAGAUGAUACUACAAAAGAAAAGGCAUUAAAUGAUUUAUGGAAAUUGUUGGAAGAUUUUAAACAGAAUGAAAAUUUGUUUAACGAUGACAUUUUCGUUAUUUGUUGGUCUCAAUUAUAUGCCAAAUUGAUUACUAAUGAAUCAAAAGUCAUAAGAAUUCAAUCACAUCAGAUAUCAAUUGCAUUGAUCAAAUUUUUAGGGAAGAAAAUUUCUAAAUUUCUUAAAGAUUUGAUACCGCUGGUCCUAUUGGGUACUUGCGAUACAGAUAUUGCUGUCAGUAAAGCCUGUAUGGCCGAUUUAAAUGACUGUUUUAAAGGUAAUCAGGAAAAGAUUACUGGCCUUUGGACCAUUUUUGAAGAACAGAUUUUAAAUUUAAUAAAGGAAAUCGUUCUAGUCGAAGAUCAAGAUACAUUAUCUGAUGAGCGCUAUGUGGCGAAAGAAGAAUCAAUGUUCAAAUACAAUAGAAUGUUCACAUCAGCAAUUUGUUUACUUACAACAACAUUAAAAAUGAAUGAUGAUGACAUGAAAAAAAACAAGGAAAUCUACAAGUUAAUACUAUCGGAAGAUUCCAAACUAUGGAAAUCAUUGACUUUGAAAACAAUACAUAAUUUGAAAACAUUUGAGUCAUUAUUGGUAUUGAUUCGAAUUUUAUUCGAUAAAACCUUUUUGCUCUCUCAUAAGGAUAUAUUGAAGACUAUUACAAAAAAAAUGUUUAAAUCAUUGACUUCUUUUUCCAAGAAAAAUAUCUUGAAUUAUGCAACUAUUGUACCACAAACUAUUGACACAAUUGUGUUAUUGACAGACUAUAAGAAUGGCAGGAUAUGGUCCUACGAUAAGCAAUCAAAAGAAAAAAUGUUGAAUUUUCUUUCGGUUUCAUGUACUAAUCCAGUGCCAGGAUUCUUCAAAUCAUUUUAUAAUCUAUCAUUGAAAACAAAAGAUUUAUCAAUUUUUGAUUUUGAAUCAGAAUGGUUACCUAUAUGGCGCAAAUCUGUGAAAUGCUUAAAUGAGAAAUCAUUUCUUGGUAGAUUUGGAUCACAACUCAUCGUAGAAUGUUGGACUUAUUAUAUCCUCACUGUUAAAAAAUUCAAUGUUGAAAAGGAAGAUACGGAAAGUGUUUUGCAGUCGGAUGUCUUGGCCACGCUAGCAAAUGGUAAUUCAUUAUCAGAAUAUGCCAGCCUGAAGGAAGUAUGGGACGAAUCAGUAAGUCCGAACGCCAUUGUUCAAGAAAUUGAAGUUUAUCUAAACUUAGAAAAUGAUUUAAAAAUUAAAGAACCAAAACACCUUCUUGAUAAUAUGGUUCAACUUCUGGUUGCGCUUCCGAAAAAUGAAAAGGCAUUGGAGCUUUUAUCAGGGUUCAUAUUCGAUAUCAUAUCCCAGGAUCCUUCAAAGGCUAUUGAAGUACAUAUGGAUAUAAUCAAUCUGUAUCGCUAUUUUAUCAACAACAACGUGUUUCCUUUGAGUAAGCAGAUAUCUGAGUUAAUAUACGAACUACCUACUUGGUUGGAGGUCGAGUCAUAUGAUGUUUUUUCAGAUUUGGUUACGGUGUACACUAGGUCCAAAUUAUUUCAAGCAAAUAAUGAGGCAAUAUCAUCCAUUGUCGACUUCUUUAUGGCAACUUUUUCCCUCGAUAUAACAAAAGAAAAAGUUAUCGCAACUUUAAAUUCAUUGGAUAGUCAAGUUUUCAAAACCAUCUUACAUGAUGAAAACCUUGAUAUUCCUGGUUUCAUUAAAGAAUAUUUGAAAGUGUAUGACUAUACGGACAAUGGAAAGCUAUUUGGAAGUCAAAUGAUUUCAACCUCUAACGUUGAUUUAUUGUACGAAACAGCAAUAAGCACAAAUAAGAUGCAGCUAUUUUGCAAUUGUUUACAAAAAUUAGCUGCCCCAAUAAGAGAACAGUUUUUUGAAGUGUCACCAUUUAUCAAGCAAUCGUUCUUGAAUCUUCCAGUGGAAACUCGGACAACAAUUUACAAACUGAUAAAGCAAUGUGAUGAGAGUAAUACAACCAUUACCAACCACCUUUGUAAUUCGCUUUUGGAGUACGCUGAAACGAACUUUUUUGGUGACAGUAAUGUCUUUUGUUUAGAUUAUGCGGAAGAUUUAUUGAAAGCCGAUCCUACUUUGAUAAAACUAUUUACUCCAUCCGAUGUUGAAUCCACAUUUUCCAGAUAUGUCCCGUACAUAGACUACAGACUGUCCUUAGUAAAUACGUUGAAAAUUAGUAUUCACCUUUUUCCAACAGAUACAAAACAAAUGAACCUGAAGACGUCAGAAGAACUUAUCUGCUAUGGUCUCUUCCUCGAUCGUCUGUUGGAAAGGUUACCUGAAUUUGUUGACAAUGAUAAAAUAUUAUUUAUAUCAAUGAUAUCGGAACUGGCUGCUGAUUAUAAUUGUAUUUCAAGCAUUGCCCAUGAUGAAUUUUUAUCUUUUAAGCACACAUUUUUGAAAUUAGAUGGCUACAAUUUUAGUAUGGAGGAAUUUUUCCAAGAAUUACUAUCUCCUGAAACAGCUGAUGAUUCUUCUAUAGUGAGAGCGCUUUUAUCUAAUGAAGAGAAUGUCGUAUCAUUCCUUUACAAAUCUUGCAUUUUGCACAAAAUAUUGUUGAAUAAAGUUGACUCAAUUUCAACGUCUACCAUUACUGACAUCAUACCUUCAAUUGAGAAAUUUGUUUCCAAUUCAAUUAGAUCCAAGACAGCAAAUAAUGUUUCAUAUUCUAAAUUAUGCUUACUAAUGUCUUUGUUUGAAAAGAUAAACUCUUCAGAUUCUGUAACGAAAUUGAGAACACUGCUAGCUUCAGAAUGCAUUGGAGUACGUGAGACUGAAUUAGUUAGUAAAACAUAUAAAACGAUAUUGGUAUUGCUUAAUAUGCUGAACAUUUCUGACAUUGGCGAGAAUUUUGCUCCUAUCGCUCCACAACGAUUAAAUAUGAUACUGACUUCAAUUGGGAAAUGGCUUGAUAGCGACAUAGCGUAUGACCCUGAGUUUAGUGUGGUCCGUUUAAGUUUACUGAAGCUAUGUACUUCAUUCCUGAAAUUCCCUAGUGUUAAAAAUUCAAAUCCAGCUAUUUUUGACGUUUCUGAAAGGUUACUAAAGGAUUCUGUAUCGAUGUGUCAAUUGGAUGAUACCACGUAUAUAUUAGAACUUCGCCAGUAUUGUUUAGAAUUGUUUAUCGAACUAAGCAAAGAAAGGGAAAUGCUGGAAUCGCCUGAUGAUCUUGACAACGAUGUUAUAGACUUGUGUUUUAUUAACUUCCCACUUGAAACUAAUAACCAAAUUUCCAUGAUGUUCUAUCGCAUUUUGCAAAAAUCUCUAAGCAAAUUAUCCAUUAAUGUAAUUGAGCCCUAUUAUGAUCAGUUAAUGGAUAUUAUUCUCCAAGAAAAGAAGCAGGGGAAUAUUAAUCAAAUAAGAAUCGCUGUCUAUUUGCUUGAAAGUGUAAUCAGUGAAAGACAACAGAGGGCUAUUAUCGAUUACGAGUUUAAAGGACAAGAACAAAAUCAAAAACAGUUGGAGAAAGAUUUAGACAUUAGCGAUGAUCAAUAUAAAGAAGAAUUUAAGUUACCAGGCAAAUUAGUAAAAAAAUUAAUUGAGAAUUUUCCACAAGAAUACUUGGAAUAUGAGAAGAAACAGGAAUUUCUACAUUAUUUGUGGCAAUGGCAUUUGGUUUUCAUUUUCUUCAAGGAUGUCUCUUAUAAUAUGCGCCAAUUGUUUAUUGAGCAAUUAAAUGAGAACGAUUUGAUCAACAAGAUGUUUGAUUUUAUUUCUGAUCAAAUUGACUUCCAAGAUACCAAGUUUUGGAAACAAGAGAACUCUGAUGCCAUAUCAACUUAUAGUAUUUUGGAAACAAGCUUUUCACCGUAUGAAGAUGACAUGUUUCUGGAGUGUAAGAGACUGUUGGGAAACUCACUCUAUGAGCUAUUCAAUAAUGUUGGUUCUUUAACUAAUAAAUGGUGGUUGAAUAUUAAGGAUAGAAGUUUACAGAAAAAAAUUGAAGAAUUCGUUUCCGAGUUCGUCUCACCUAUUUUAAUUUCACAUGAAUUGACUGAAGUAUCUUCCAAGAAAUCACGUUUGACAGAAAAAGAUGAAGCAUUAACCAUUAAAAUAAACGAUAUAACCAAUGAAGUGCGGGCAAGUUAUCUGAUCGAUGAACAGAAAUUGGAACUAUCAUUUAAACUUCCUGCAAACUAUCCCUUGACAAAUGUUCAGGUAGUCGGUGGACCUCGUGUUGGCAUAAGUGAACAAAAGUGGAAACAGUGGCUAAUGUCCACACAACAUAUUAUUACUGCAAUGAAUGGUUCCGUAUUAGAUUCCUUGGAAUUAUUUAGUAAGAAUGUCAACCUCCAAUUUUCAGGAUUUGAAGAGUGUGCAAUCUGUUAUUCUAUUCUUCAUGCAGUUGACAGAAAGCUGCCUACUAAGACAUGUCCAACCUGUAAAAACAAGUUCCAUGGUGCUUGUUUAUAUAAAUGGUUCAGAUCUUCCGGUAACAACACUUGUCCAUUGUGUCGUAGUGAGAUACCUCUCCAUAGAUAG